AUGCGUAUAGCAGUUGCCGGAGGAUUCGGGCUGGGAUAUCUGAUCGCGACCGGGCUGUCGCGUGCAGAGACCGCCCACAACAUUGUUGUGCUGUCCCGGACGCCCAGGAGGGAAUUCACCGCCGUCGGUAUCCAAGUCCACGUCGUCGACUACCACAACAAGGACCUGCUGCAAUUCGCCUUGAGCGGCAUCGACCUCGUCAUCUCCACCAUUUCCGGACAGGAACAGCUCAACCUCAUCAAUGCCGCCUGUCAUGGACGAGUCAGCUACUUUGUGCCGUCCGAGUUUGAGGGACCCCUCAACAAGCGCCCACCGGCCCGCCAAGAUCCCCUAGAUAGAGGCAGCUCCGCGGCGCUCACCCUCUUGCGCCAGUGGUCCGACACAAAGCCGCGCUUCAAGUGGACAGUGUUUUCCUGUGGCAUCUUCAUGGAGCGCUUCCAUCCUUAUGGGCUCGCCGCAAGCUUGGGCAUCGGCAACGGCGAAGGGGUCGGCGCCGUCGGUAGCUACGUGGCCGACAUCAACGCUGGCAUCGCUGAUUACGUGCCCAAGGAUGCAAGAGGAAGCUCGGUCAAGGUUUGCAUGACAAGUGUAUACGACCUUGUCAGGUUCAUCAUUGCUGCCAUAGACCUUGGUCCUUCAAGCUGGCCAACCGAGUUUACCAUGAGAGGCGACAAGAUGAGCUUGGAUGACCUCGUUUCUACAAUUUCGGUUGCUCGAAAUAUGCAAUUUCAAUCCGUCACCCUCAGUUACGAAGAGCUAAUAGCGCACAUCUCCUACAACACCGAUAUGGGCCAAUACGCCCGUGUCUCGUAUCUUCACAGAAUUCUCGAAACUGCCAACGGACGCUACGAUUUCUCGCGGACCACACUCAACGACGCCAUCAGCAGCAACAGGCAUGUUAGGUUUAACCCUAUGAGCUUUUCGCAAUGGUUGGCGACGGUGCUUUCUUGA